AUGGCGAACCACAAGAAAGGACCAAGUCGGCGCAUGCAAAAGCAAGGUCCACCUCCGGCGCUGGAUGAAGGACAUGCAUCGAAGAAGCGAAAGCUGGCAGCACCGACCAAAGGCGCCGUGAAGAAGCAGAAGGUUCAGAAUGGGACACCUGCGCAGAAGCCGGCAUCGCCGAAUGGCAAUGUGAAUGGUGCAAAGAACUCAGCGGGCAAAGCAGCCUCGAAAGGCCAAUUUGCGAAGGUACAGAAACGGGUUGUUCCAGAAAAGAAGGACUUGGCUUCAGACGACGAAGAAGGUGGUGUAAAAGUGAAUGGCUUCUCGGACCUCAGCGGCGAUGGUAUUGAUGAUGAGGAUGUUAUGGAAGAUGAGAUGGACGGGCUGGACGGAGAAGACCUGGACCACCUGGAUGACGACGAGCUGCAGGAUGAUAUGGAUGACUUCGCCAAUGCACCCUCUGGCUCUGACGACGAUGAUGAGGACGUGGUAGACUCGGAUCAGGAGGUGCAGAAGGGGAUGUGGUCGGAGGACGAGGAUUCAGAUGCAGAAGAGGCGCUUACAGCGGCCAACAUUGCUGGUCUGACGCAGAGGCUGGACAACCAGCGAGCUCAAGAGGUUGCAGAUGCGGAAGCAGAGUUGCAGGAUGAUGCAUUGCAAACCAACAUUGCAGCUGACAUACCGGAUGAGGAUGAUGAGGAGGGCCAGAAGAGUGCACUGGCGCCGGACUUGCAACUUUUACGUACACGGAUCACGGAGACAGUACGAGUUCUGACAAACUUCACGGAGCUCAGAGACCCUGCGCGGAGCCGAGCAGACUACACGCAAGCGUUGUUGAAGGACAUAAGUGCAUACUACGGCUACUCUCCGUUCUUGGCCGAGAAGCUGUUUUCACUCUUCCCACCCCAAGAGGCACUCGCCUUCUUCGACAGCAACGAGUCGCCAAGGCCAAUGGUCAUCCGCACAAACACACUCCGAACGCACCGAAGAGACCUUGCACACAGCCUCAUCAAUCGUGGCGUGACACUUGAGCCUGUGGGCAAGUGGUCCAAAGUCGGUCUACAGAUCUUCGAGUCGCAAGUACCCCUUGGUGCUACGCCUGAGUAUCUCGCUGGUCACUACAUUCUGCAAGCUGCGUCGUCUUUCCUCCCAGUCAUGGCUCUCGCGCCCCAGGAACACGAACGCGUACUGGACAUGGCAGCUGCGCCCGGUGGCAAAAGCACCCAUAUGGCGGCGUUGAUGCGCAAUACUGGUUGCAUCUUCACCAAUGAUUCGAACAAGGAGCGUGCGAAAGGUCUGAUUGGUAACAUUCACCGCAUGGGCGUGAAAAACACUGUGGUUUGCAACUACAGUGCCAUGGAGUUCCCGAAGGUGAUGGGCGGCUUCGACCGUGUCCUCCUCGAUGCGCCCUGCUCUGGAACCGGCGUCAUCGCCAAAGACGCAAGUGUGAAGACGAACAAGACUGAAGCAGACUUCUUGCGACUACCUCAUCUGCAGAAGCAGCUGCUCCUGUCCGCCAUCGACUCUGUCGACCACGCAUCCAAGACCGGUGGCUACAUCGUCUACUCCACUUGCUCCGUCACAGUCGAAGAGAACGAGCAAGUCGUCCAGUACGCACUUAACAAGCGGCCCAACGUCCGCCUAGUGUCCACUGGUCUGGUCUUUGGCAAAGAAGGGUUCAUCAAAUACAAUAACAAGCGCUUCCAUCCCAGCAUGAAGGAAACGCGGAGGUACUACCCACACGCCUACAACGUCGACGGCUUCUUCGUCUCCAAGUUCAAGAAGACUGGUCCUACUCCCGUCGGCGCUGUCAAGGCGCAGGGUACCGCUGCGGAGGAGAAGAGACAGGCGAAUGGUGUGGACUUGGAUCUUGACGUUGCUGCCGACGGAGAUGCGGAGAGAGAGGAUGUUGAUCUUGAUGCUGAGGAUGGUGUUGAUGGAUUUGGUGGGUUUGACGACGACGAUGAGGAUGAGCAGAUGAUCCAGCGAAGCUUGAAGCGGCAGAUGCGGAGGAAGGGGAUAGAUCCUAAGGGCGUGAAGAGUAAGGCUGUGAAGAGUUUGAGUCGAUGA